UCUCAUGAAUAUUCAUCAGAUACCUCUGACGCCCGUUGUAACCAUCCAAUGGCGAUGCCUCGUCUUAUAAAUAUUAAUUGAGCAGCGCGGACGUUGUUGUUACCUUCUACAGGCGAAUGGUGGAUUCAUUAAUAUUUAUAAAACUAUUCGCCAUAGUACGAUUAGUAAACUUUUCGCGAUCAAUCAUCCGUCACAUCAGCUCCUCGACACCGGCCGGGGACAAACAGGAAAUUAUAAUCUAAAGACAGCUGUUUUGUUGAGUUUGUUGAGUCUUUGCUCUCUUUUUCUAAGUUAACGUUACCUGUAUUCAUUCUCCCGCAGAGACAAUGCUUCAGUGUCUGUCUGGAAGUUCGUGUUUGCGUGUCAUAGACGGUUACAAGUCUACGUGGUAUUUCGUGGUUUUGGUAUUGGUGUAUGUGUUAUAUCUGAUAUUCGGUACUUUAGUGUUUUCUGCGGUGGAGCUGCCGUAUGAAGAGCAGCUUCGGGAAGAGCUUCGGACCGUGAAGCAGCAGUUUCUAAAUGAUAAUGAAUGUAUGUCCGAAGAAAAACUGGAGGAGUUCCUCACCAGGGCUUUAGAGGCGAGUAAUUACGGUGUUUCGGUUCUCAAUAACGCUACUGAUAACUGGAACUGGGAUUUCACAUCAUCCCUCUUCUUCGCCAGCACUGUGCUGACCACGACAGGAUAUGGCCAUGCCGCUCCUCUCUCAGAUGGUGGUAAGGCCUUCUGCAUCAUUUACUCAGUGGUGGGAAUCCCCUUCACCUUGCUGUUCCUGACUGCAGUGGUCCAGAGGAUCAUGGAGUUCAGUGCCCGCAGGCCCGUGGAGUACCUGCACCGGCGCUGGGGCAUGUCCAAACCUCUGCUGGCCGCCUUGCACGCCUCCCUGCUGGCCAUUAUAACCUUCUCCUGCUUCUUCCUCAUACCUGCCAUCAUCUUUUCAGUACUGGAAGAGGACUGGAAUUUUCUGGAGUCCUUCUAUUUCUGCUUCGUCUCUCUUAGUACUAUUGGCUUAGGCGACUAUGUACCAGGAGAGGGCUACCAUCAGAGGUUCAGAGAACUCUACAAAUUGGGCAUUACAUUGUACCUGAUAUUGGGCUUGAUCGCGAUGCUGGUGGUUCUGGAAACCUUCUGUGAACUUCAGCAGCUGAAGAAGCUCAGGAAAAUAUUCUACCUGAGAAAAGAAAAAACAGAAGACCAGCUAAACAUUGUGGAUCAUGAUCACCUCUCAUUCGCCUCUGUGUCUGACCGAGCAGCCUCUUUUAGGGAGGAUAAAACUGAUAUGUUUCCUGGUGACAUUGUCUCUGCCUCACCUACUACUACCUCCAAUGGACCAAUGGACCGAUGAUGCAUCCUAAAAUUCUAUGUCCAGAAACCUGACACAUCAAUGUUUCUGAAACAUCUCUGCUAAGAGCAUAAAUGUAUUGUAAUUUAUUAGUGUAACCUGCUGUCAGGUUAACUGAAACCUUCCAUAGAUAUGAAUACUUGAAACACAGGCUAAAGGUAAUGUAAUGUGGAAAAGAAUUGUAUGAAUUUCUAGAAUACAUAAUAUCAUAGGACAUAAUGGUUCAUGCUAUUGCUGAACAGAAAAACAUUUUGUGACCAGGGUUUUGUGUGGGCGUGUGUAUGUAAAUGAUAAAUCCAUCCAUGACUUCUAUUUAUAAAUAUUUAACUGGUAAGUGGUCAUAGACUAGCAUUACAUAAUUCAUAUGCUGUUCUUGUUAGGUGACAUGCAGGGAUCCAUAUCCUGUAUUAUAGUUUGCAGAUGUAUUAAUGGAAAUCAUGUUUUCAGUUUACUAAAUUUGUAGAUAUUGCUUAAGACCAGAAUACACUGCAUGAUUUGUUGUCAGGACAAGUCAAUGCUAUCAGUCUGAUUUUAGGCAGUCAGAGUCGAUAGAUUUCACUGAAAAUUGUGUUAUGUAUGAUGGGCACAGACUUAAGAUUCCAUCCAAUCUGAGAAUAUAAAAUGUUUGAUAUUUUGUUGCCGAUUUUAGAACACAUUGUUUUCAUUUGUCAGCAAUAAGGAGCACAACUGUAUAGUAUAUUCCAGCCUUAACUCUAUUCAAAGUCUGCAAACUGCAAAUUAACUCAUUAAGGGAAUUUAAAAUAUGUAUAUUUUUAGUAGAGGCAUCAGACAAUCAAAAAUAUGUAUUUUAUGUAAUUUCUUUAUGUUUACAGCUUUAUUCAUGUUGGAUCUUCUGCAGUUGCAUUAGACAUUGUCACCACCUAAAGGUGCUGUUGUGCACAGAGUGCCAUUACUGCUGUAUUGUAAGUCAAGAACAUGAGUCAGUGCAUCAGUACAAUCUAAUGAGUGACUGGGUAUAUUGCUGAAGGAAAUUAAUAUUAUUUUAUCAUUAAUUUGUAGUUUUGGUUUUUAUAUUUGAAUUUGAAUUAUUGCACAUGUCAAAAGUCGCACUUUAACUAAACAGAAUAAACUGGAGAUUUUGGUUA